AUGGAUACAUCUACUAGUGGUUCUGCUAAUUCUGGUUUUGUCGGUAUUAAAUUUUGUCAAGAAUGUGAAUUAACACAAAUUGUUACUGAUGUCAUUUCUGAUCCAACAUUGCCACGUACUGCUGAUCAUCCUUGUCCAAAAUGUCGUGGUAAUGAUGCUGUCUUUUUUCAAGCUCAAUCAGCUCGAAGUGAAGAUCGUAUGACACUUUAUUAUGUGUGUCGUAAUCAACAUUGUCUUCAUCAUGAUAAAUUUAGAGAUAGUCUAAUUAUGUCUACACAAAAUGAUAGCAAUAAUUCAUCACUUCCGAGUAUACAUUUCAUAAAAUCGGAUAAGACUGAGUCACCAUCCAUUAAUAAUACUGAAACUGAAAUAUCAACCAUCGAUGAUAGUAAAACUGAACCAUCAACACCUCAUAAUAACAAAACUGAACAAUCAAAUGAAAAUGAUAUUGAUGAAAAGCCUAUAACAACCGUUAGUCAUUCGCGUCGUGUUCAUUUUCCAACAGAUGAUACUCAAUUGCGCUUAAUAUCAUAUUCACCUGAACCUUUAUCGAAUCAACCACUUUUAUCACUUGGUGUUAUUUUACAACGUUAUCGUGCAACAUGUCAACGUUUACAAGUACGUCCAUUAAAUUGUUUACUAGAUCAGCUAAGUUCAAUGGAUGAUGGAAGAAAAUCAUAUUAUGAUCGUCUUGACUGUUUAAAAAUAGUUAAUGAAAAAAUUGAUCUUAAACAAAUUGAUGCUAUUGAAGAAGUUUUAUCACGUUGUCGUUUUCAUACAUUAGAUUUUGAAUCCUCAUCUAUUGAUGAUUCAGCAUUAGCACAAUUAUUUGAUGUUAUUGAAUAUUAUGAAUCAUGUACACAUAUUAAUUUAUCAAAUGUUCGUCCAAUUGGUUUACAAGGAUAUAUAGCAUUAACAAAAUAUUUAAGAAAAACAAAUUCUCUUGAAAGAUUUGAUAUGAAUUCAACACGUUUCGAUGAAAAUACUAUAUUCAGUUUUACACGUUCAUUACGUUUAUCAUCAACAUUAUAUGAAUUACAUGUUGAAUCAUGUCAAUUAACUGGUAAACUAUUACAAAAAUUUAUACAAAAUUUACGUUCAUGUAUUUGUUUACGAGAACUUUAUCUUUGUGAUAAUCGUCUUCAGGUUCAAGAUUCUUUACUGAUCAAUGAAUUAAUACGAACAUGUGGUCAAUUUUUAUUCUUACUUGAUUUAAGUUCUAAUGCUUUACAAGAUACUGGUAUAUCUCAUAUAGCUUCUCAACUAAGUCAAUAUGAUGAAAAUCAUACAAAUGAAAAUAGUUUACAUAAAAUAAGUUUUCAAACAAAUCAAUUAACACAACAAGGUGUUGGUUUCAUUGCUAAAUCCUUGCUUCAUAAUCGAACAAUACGUUCAUUAAAUUUAAGUCAAAAUGAUAUAACAAACGAAGGUUUAUUUUUAUUACGUGAUGCUUUAUUAACAAAUCGAACAAUAAAUGAAUUAAUAUUAAGAAAUUGUCAUUUAACAGAUCAAGCUGCUAUUGCUUUAGCAGAAUUUAUUGCUGAAUCAACAACAAUACAAUAUAUUGAUUUAAGAGAAAAUAAUAUUCAAGCUAGUGGUGUAUGUGGUAUGGCAAUAGCAAUGAAAAACAAUAAAUCGCUACUAAAACUUGAUUUUGAUCCAAUUGUUUCAAUACCGACAAAUUUAGGUUUUCUAUCAAAUAAUAGUUAUAAUAUUACUCGAACAACAAAUACGAAUAGUCUUCUUUCAAUAGCGAAUCUUCGUCGAAUGACAACUGGCUUAAGUAGUUUUACAAGUAGUACAUCAUUUCAAUCGAACAGAGGUGGUGGUGGUACAAGAGAAUUACUUGAACAAAAAGCAAGAUGGAUGAAUGAUAUUGCAGCUCUUUGCCAGCGUAAUAUACUUAUAUAUGAGGAAAAAUUACGUUUACAAGAAGGAGAAGAAGAACAACAACAUAAUAAAGCAUUAACUAAUGAUAUUAAUGAAGUGAAUCAAAAAAAUUCAAUCGUUACUAAACCAGAUGAUAUUGAAUUAAAAAAGCAAAUUUUAGAUACAAAUCAAUUAAAAGAUAAUACACCUUCGAUAAUGAUAGACAAUGCACAUUCGACAUUCACUGUUCAGAAUGACAAUGAAGAAACUCAUCAAUCCGUUGAUACAUCAAUCAAAGAUAUUGAUGAAGUUGAACAAUUGAAGGACAAGUCGCUCGAUGAUAGUAAAGAACUUGAAGAUUCGUUAGAUAUUUCAACUCAUGAUAAUAAUAGAGUUGAACAAGCAGUCAAUACUUUAACCGAUGAUAGUUAUCAAGUUGAACAAUCCAUAAUCAUUCCACUCGAAAAUCAUGAUGAAAUAAAACAGUCUGUAGACAUUUCAGGUAACAAUGAUACUAAUAUUGAACAAACAAUGACUACUUCGAUCAAUGAUAAUCAUGAAGUUGGACAAGUGACAGUAGAUCUUGACGAAUCUGUAUUGAAUAGUGAUGAUCAAGAACAAUCAGAAUCAAAUGUUAUUAGUCAAAAUUCAAUAAUUACAGAAUCAUCAUCAAUUUCUGGUCUUACCGAUGAUAUCCACAACGAUGAAAAACGUAAAUUUCGUCAUUCAGAUAGUCUUCGUUUAUUACGCAAAAAAGUCAAAAAUGAAAAUGAUAAUACAAGUGAUGAUGAAUCACAAUUAUCAUGA